UGCUUGUGCACCAAACACAGAUUGAAAUUGUUGCAGUACAAUCUUUAAUUUGCAGUGUAAUAUGGAUAAGGUCCAACAAAAUGACGUCAUCCCAUCAUCAUCAGGGAUAAAAUUGUUUGGCGCCACGAUUUCGUUGUCGAUCCAGCAUACGGCGGCGACGGAAAUUGGCGACGCAACGGCGGAAAAGAAGCCGGAGAAGACGAUCCAGUGCCCCAGGUGCAAAAGCAUGGACACCAAAUUCUGUUACUUCAACAACUACAAUGUUAAUCAGCCUCGACACUUCUGUAAGGGCUGCCAGCGCUAUUGGACCGCCGGCGGCGCCCUCCGGAACGUGCCCGUCGGAGCCGGCCGCCGGAAAACCAAGCCGCCUCGCCCGGAUGGGUUCCUGUACGAUGAGACCGGCGGCGCUGUGGAGGUGCAGCUGGAUUAUUUCGAGGCGGUGCAGCUGGAGUGGCAUGCGGCGGAGCACGGCGGUUUUGGGUGUAUUUAUGAUCCGGUCAAGCGGCGGAGAUUCGCCGCCGCCGAUUGUCACGGAGGUUAGGGAUAUUUCUCUCCGGUGGGUGGUCGUGUAAUUUCAAAUUCCAAAAAGAAAAAAUAAAAAUAAAGAUAUUCUGAUAUGUUGUGUAAUUUUUAGGUAAAUAAAAUAACUGUGUUUUAGAAUAUGUAUAUAUAUUUAUUUAACUAU